AUGGUUUCCCACCCUUUGAGCCGGACGAAGAGCGGAAAAACAAAAGAGAAUCAAGAUUUGCGAUUAAUUUGUUGUGUUAAGUUAAAAACCUCGGUUGCUGGCGGUUGGAUCGGCGGCUGGAAACGCACGACUGGCCGAAUGAGGCUGGGAGAAUGGAGAAUGCGCGACUGGGCGACUUCAACCAAUUUGGUGUUGAUGUACCCGAAAGCGGGGCGAUCUCGAGUCGAUCAAACUAAACAUUGGUCCAUGUCAGGUUGUUGUGCAACAUUGUCUGUCCACUUGUGCAUGGACAGAGAUGCGAUUUGUCUUGAAACCGGUUCGCCUCUCUUAAGAGGUCAUCGUUUCGUCGCCAUGGCGACAGAUAGCGUCUCCUGGCCGACCGAGAGUCGCCAAACUCGUGGGCAAAAUGUGGAAACCGGAAGUGUUGUAAGGCGAAGACAAUCGAGAAAGUGA